CGCUUACACAUCCGAUCAGGAAAGGCGCUCAAAGGUGAAUAUUAAUAAGCCUUAAAGAUACCAGACAACACGCAUAUCAUAGAAAGCAGUCCAACAGGUGCAUAUUACCUCAGUCAUGAAUUGAACAGGCUAGUUGCGGGGCCUUCCCGACCCGAAAUUGAACCGCACUGUACAUGUGCUUCUGAGCUGUCUUGAUCCACUCUCAGGAGACUGAAAUGUUCGACAUGGAUCAUGACCAUUUAGACGCGCCUGACACGAGCACUAAGUCGACACCGUCUAAUUUUGGUGGGAACUCUUCACGCGAUGAUGCUUCUCCUCGGGCCAAAGAUGAAUUAGAAACUACACUGAACGAAGAUACGGUGACAUCUUGCGAUCAUGACAAUAACUGCAACAACAGUAGCAAUCCAACCGCGACCACCAACCCUAAACACCGCGAUGAAAUUAUUGAAAUAAAUCAACAGUCUGGAGAUUCCACAAGUUACGCAAGACCGGAGGAAUCGGAUGUCCAAGUUCCUGCUGAGAUAGGAAGCGAUCACAUCUCACGGAGCGAUGAUAUCCUUGGGGGAGCAGCUGCUAAUCAGGACCGUGCUACCCAUUCGAGGAAUUCAAGUUCAGCCACGAAUGAUAACCUCAUCAAUAAUCCCCCAAACCUUGCAAGAAUACGUCAAGUCAUAUUUGAGUGCAAGGAUCCAAUAGAGAUCAGUCUUGAGGAAUUUGAAACCUACUGGCCUUUCAUCGAUAAUGUAUGGGUCAAACAGAGGUCUAAUUCCAGCAAAGAAGGUCACUGCACCACAGACUACUACAUGUGCCGACUGCGACGUCCCACUCACCGCACAUCAGAAACUCGCCCUCUUCCUGAAGGCAAGCGCCCUCGAAAGAAAAGGGUGCGGGAGGGUGGGAUCUGCAACUUUCAGAUCAAAGUUGUCAAAUUCGAGGGAGCAUAUUCGACAGUUACCAUCGCAAGAACCCCGGGAAGCAGUCGUGUGCAUUCGCAUGACCUUGAUUAUAUCGACAGGGUGAAGCGGAAUUCGGGACUGAUGGAGUUUGCACGGAGGGAGGCGAUCAAGGGCUAUUUGCCUUCCUCAAUCUACACGAAAUUCCAAGAGGAGCCUGAGAAUCUUGUUGAAGCUGGGGGGAAAUUCUGUACAGUGACAGAUGUGCGCAAUGUCUCGGCGAAGUGGAGGAUACAGAACCCGGAGGUUAAGCUCAUGGCGCACGAAGGCUAUGAAUAUCAGAAGGGUCAUGGUAUUGUAAGGAUGCGAGCAACUGACGGUAUCAGCAAUACUCCGGUCGACAAUUUACUAUCGCAGAAAACUAUACACUCGCCCUUACCCCCGGAUACGCUCUCUUUCCCCCAAUUCCCUCUAGACUUCCUUGAGCCUUAUCUGCCAAAGCACAAUGAUCGCCGCCAAUUCCCUCAUGUCACAUUAUCCUACGCAUCAUCCAUGGAUUCUAAAAUAUCACUCCUUCCAGGCAUGCAAACUGUGCUCUCAGGGCCCGAGGCCAAACUGAUGACCCACUAUCUCAGGUCACGUCAUGACGCCAUUUUGAUUGGAGUUGGAACAGUGCUUGCGGAUAACCCCGGGCUCAAUUGUAGACUGGAAGGCGCAGGUGGGUUUGGUGGCCUUGGGAGGAUGUGGCAACCGCGGCCAGUGGUAGUUGAUCCCACAGGACGAUGGCCAGUCCAUCCAGACUGCCGAAUGCUGAGGACUGCGGUGGAAGGGAAAGGCAAGGCGCCAUGGGUUGUCGUAUCCCCAGGAGCUAGGAUCCACCCGCAGAAGUUGAUGAUGCUGAAAGGCUAUGGGGGUGAUUUCCUCCGUAUUAUGGAGUACAACCAGAAUUGGCGGCUGCGUUGGGAGGCUAUAUUGCGUGCACUAGCAUCUGAGGGGAUCAAAAGCGUCAUGAUUGAAGGCGGCGGGACCGUUUUGAGUGAGCUGUUGAACCCCGAAUACACUGAGUUCAUUGAUACGAUCAUUGUGACUGUCGCCCCAACAUAUCUUGGCUCAGGCGGGGUGAGUGUGAGUCCAGAUUCCAAGCGUGAUCAAGAAGGCAAGCCGAACGCUGCUUUAAACCCUAGGGAUGUGAAAUGGAUGCCACUGGGUCAGAAUGUUAUAAUGUGCGGCAGGAUCCGGGCUACGCCUCUGGCCGAGUCGCUUGCUACCAAUGUUGUGUCGUAAUACAAGAAGAUAGCUGCCAAUGAAGCAACAGCAGACAUUUUUUAUUGGCAGUAGGGACAAGAUGAAGUCAGCCCGGACCUAGGUACAUAGUACUAUGUACUUAUGUAGAUAACCACUAGUACUUAGUAGUACAUAUAGUGCCUAGGUACCUAAGCAGUGGCAUGGUAGGUUGAGCCCUUGGUUGAAGUGCCU